UUUGUGGUUUUUGCUACAAGUUUCCCUGCAAUUCUCUCCAAAGUAUAAAUCUUUGUUUGUUUUACUGGGUUUUUAUUUUUCUAGGGAGUUUUGCAUCAAGAACUGGCUAACACAAAGGAUACAAUUCUGGAGGAAGACAACAAGAACCAAGACGUGGUUCUUGCCCUCUACCAUGCCUUAAACACUCGAGACGUCGAAGCCGUUCACCGAAUCCUUGCCCCCGACAUCGAGUGGUGGUUCCAUGGCCCCCCGACGUACCAGUUUAUGAUGCGCCUCCUCACCGGAGCUUCAUCGGACGACACUUUCCGUUUCGAGGUCGAUCCUCCCUCACUCACCACCUUCGGCUCCACCGUCGUUUUGGAAGGGUGCGAUCAUAAGCGUUGCAUAUCUUGGGUGCAUGCCUGGACCGUCACCGAUGGGAUAAUAACACAGGUGAGGGAGUACUUCAACACUUCUCUCACGGUCACUCGCAUUGGAAACUCUAGCCAAUACCCACCGCCCAUCUACGAUUCAUCGUCACCUCCUGGUUCUUCAUCCACGGAUGAGAUCACCCCUGAGCACUGCACUUCGGUGUGGGAGAGCAGGUUUUCCAACAGGGUUGGGAAGUCUGUGCCGGGUCUUGUUUUGGCAAUUUAGUCAUUUGCAUGAUCAGCCGAUUUCGAUACGUUUGAAUAAAGGAAAGGGGGUUUCGUGUCAUUUCCUGAUUGGUGUUGUACGAUUUGUGUUUGUUUCCCACAGUGUUUUUUUAGUUGUCUGUUUGGAGAUUUGUGGACCAAGUUGUUGUCGUGAUGAAAAGAGUUCUCAUUGCAAAUAAAUUCUGUUGCUUUCA